UAAAGCGCGAAAACUGUUUCUGGUGGUUGUGGUCGUCCCAGUAUUUGUGUUAAAAAAGUGUUAACGUCGAUUAUAUUAUACUGUAAAUUUUAAUGAAACUAGGUAUUUUGUUGAGGAAAGUUUUACUUUUGGACUUCAUGAGAAAGUCACAAAUGUACGAGUGUUGCAUCUUGUUUUGUAAUUAGUAUUAUUAUCAAUAUUGUGCCAUGCGGUGAAGAUUUGCUAGGCCUAUGUUAAGCAAGAAAUCAGUUUGAUGUCAUGAUAGUGAUACUGUGAAUUGCAGCCGACUGUCGUUUAUUAAUAAACAUUAGCUUAUAAUUUUCUGUCACAAAGCUGUGUAGGCAGUGGUGAAAUUCAUAAAAAACUGCUAUUCAUAGAGUUACAGUCACUGUAUUAAUUUAUUAUUUUAAGUUUAACCUGCGUUUCGGAAGUUUGAUUUUGUCAAAUUUUAGUUAUUUACACUGUCUGGUCCCGUUGUCAGAUAAUACUGACAUUAGCUAAAUCUUCUACUUGCCAGGUUUGGUCACUCUUAAAACUUACAAAAAAAUUUUCUUAGCUCUAAAUUAUCGUACAGUUUAUAGAUUAUAGACCUGAUGGCAAAAGUUCAUGUGUGCAACGUUAAUGUUUUAGAUAACCCAUCAUUAUUUUAUAAUCCAUUUCAAUUUGAAAUAACCUUUGAAUGUAUUGAAGAUCUGAAAGAAGACUUGGAAUGGAAAAUUAUCUAUGUUGGUUCAGCAGAAAGUGAAGAUUAUGAUCAAGUUCUUGACACAGUUUUUGUAGGACCCGUACCAGAAGGAAAACACAUGUUUGUAUUCCAGGCUGAUCCACCCGAUCCAGCUAAGAUUCCUGUACAGGAUGCUGUGGGUGUUACAGUGGUGCUUUUAACUUGCUCAUAUCGUGGAAAAGAAUUUAUUCGUGUUGGCUACUAUGUCAACAAUGAAUAUGGUGAUGCUGAACUACGAGAGAACCCUCCAUCUGUACCACAGUUUGACAAACUACAGCGCAAUAUUUUGGCAACAAGUCCUCGUGUAACAAGAUUUAAAAUUGAUUGGAAUGAUAAUGUUAUGGAAGAGGUAAAUGGUGCAGGUGAAAAGAAUUCUACAGAAAGUAACCACAUUCAACAGUCUGAAGACAGUAUAGGAGCACUUAAACCAGCUGCUUCAUAUGACAGUAGCCAAAGUAUGGAAGUAACAUAACACUUUGUUUGAGCCUUCCAUAUUGUAUGUAUUGUAUUUUUGAAAAGGAAUUCUGUGCAUUAAGUGUAAUUACAUUUUGUAUCAAUAUUGUUGGUAGGUUUGAAUAAAAAAAAAUAUGAACAAGUCA